GUCACUGCCCGCUCAUUGGUUGGCGCCAAGACAACUCAUAAUCCGUCCGAAUGAUGACGAGUAUAUUAUAGCGAUAAACUUCUUCACUAAUGGGCUCUAUAAUAACAAGUGAAAAACGAAUUGGAACUCAUAACGGCUGCUUCCACUGUGACGAGGUAAAUGCUGCCGUAGUGCGAUCCCGCGAUCCGGACAUACUGUCUGCUUGCGAUAUAGUCGUUGACGUUGGUGGUGUUUACGACCCUGAAACACUUCGUUUUGAUCAUCAUCAGAGGGAUUUCUCGUUAACAUGGUCCCAAUAUUUCGGCGCGAAAAUGUGGGAUGUUAAACUGAGCAGUGCUGGACUGGUGUACGUACAUUUUGGGAAAAGAGUACUAUCUGUACUGACUGGCCUUGAAAUUGGAAACGAAGUUCUAGAAAAGAUAUACAUGAAAAUAUACGAAUCGUUCAUUUUAGAAAUUGAUGGGCAGGACAACGGUAUUCCACAGUCUAAAGUUCCCUUGAAGUACAAUAUAGGCACUAGUUUAUAUUGCAGAGUUCGACGACUUAAUCCUUGGUGGAAUAACGAGUCAGAAGAAUCAGAAACUGCAUUCCAGAGAGCAAUCAAUUUAGUCAGUCGUGAAUUCCUUGAUACCGUGGACUACUUUACCAAUUGCUGGUGGCCUGCACGAGAUAUUGUAGCCAAAGCAAUGAAUUGUCGUGGAGAUGUAGAUUCAUCGAAAACUAUUAUAGUACUAGAUAGAUCUUGUCCAUGGAAGAGCCAUCUAUUUGACUUGGAGCGUGAAGAACGUGCGGAAACAGUUGUUUAUCCAGAACCACUCCAUCAAGCAAGUUAUCGUUCUAUACCAAAGUUUCCCCCUCAAAUUCUCUUUGUCAUACUACCAUCAGAUGGUAAUUGGGUUGUUCAAGGCGUACCAAAAGACAAGUUCGACAUUCGGUUACCAUUCCCAAACGACUGGCGUUCACUGCAAGAUGAUCAAUUGUGUGCAAUGACGGGAAUAUCAGGUUGCAUUUUUGUGCAUAACAGUGGUCAUUUAGGUUCUAAUAAAACACUUGACGGUGCAAUUGAAAUGGCUCGUUUUGUUGUAAAUGAAUCAAAACUUCAACAGGAGAAUGUUAUUCGAACUGCCUUAACUCCGCCAAAGUUUAGUCGUGGUCGUGGUCGCAAGUCUUUUGUAAAUAACCGUAAUAAAAAGCAUUAGUUUCUUUUUGUUUUUGAGACCUUAGUUUUUUUAAGAAGAACCGAAGAGUUUCGAAAUUUAUAUUUUAUUACUGAGCCAUUAUUUUUUAAGCGAACCAGAUAUGCACCUGAAAUUUUCGAGGAUAUUGAUAUUCAUUUUUAUUAAUAUUUCAUAUUGUGUAAUCCUUUUAUUCUUAUUUUCAUAACUCACCCAUAAGAUUUAUGAUUGCAAUUAUUUGCGUUCUUGCAUUCGCUGUACAAUGCAUAUAUAGCAAAAUUAACAUGAUGUGGUCACUUUGUUUAUUCAACCGCAGAAUGUUUAUAGUUUAUUCCUUUUUAUUUGUUGAUAUUUUCAUAAAAUAACUUUACUUCACCCUGUUUCUCCUUAUUUUGUUUGAUUAUUUUUCUUGUACUUCGUAUUACUUUUUCCUAUAAAUAAAGAACAUGUCUCCCUGAGAUGUUUUUGGAUAGUUGAUGGAUUUAAGGUUGGAUGUAGUUUGUUUAAUCCGAUAAUGAUACGCACAUUCGACUUUGUAUUCUCUUCGUUCAUUAAAAUUUGAACCAAUGAAAUGAUCGUAUUGAGCUUCAUAGCAUAAAUUGUGUGGUUGUGAAUGAACAAGGGUGGGGAUCUUUUGAAUGUUUCGUUGUCAUACCAUUAAGGACACUGCUACAACAAUUCUGAUUUUCAGGAUAGUUCAAAUUUAGUUUCUCACCUGGUUCAUUGUUAUGUAGAAGGGAAUUCUCACCUCUCACAGUAGGCUUAUUUUAGAUGCCAGAGUUCAUAGUUUCAAUGAAUUCGGAUUUGGUAAGGUGACAGGAUGACAAUGUGUUACUGGCCGAAUUGUCCACCAUAUCCGAAUCACAAUUGGAAGUUGAGCUGACAUCGCAUUCAUCAAGUCUCCAGAUGCCGCAGCUACGAUUAGACAUAUUGCUUCCGUUGCUAAAUCUACUCUAUCUAUUAUUAUUUGACUACUUUUUUGCAUCGAGCUUAGCUGUGUCUGGAACAUGUUUGUAUUUCCGUAUUUCAUAUAACAGCCCAACUUACGCUUCGCCAUACGACAUUUCGUACAUCUCCAAACAUUUUUGUCGUUAACUAAUUUCUCUUUGAUGAAUUUGUAAACAUUAUUAAGAGGUCGGGGACCUCGUCACUUUUCAUGUAUUCUAGUACCACUCCAAUGAGGCAUAUAGAAAUAUGAUCUGGAAUUCGAUUUGUUACUUUUACAAAUAUUUUUUGGUAUUUUGAAGUCUGUGCAUAUAGUUUGUUAUAAAACGAAACGGAUGAUAAUUUGUUUUUUAUGCAAUUGUACUUUUACUACAACUAAUUAAUCGUAGUUUAAUAUUAUAGCACUUCCUAUUACCUACAACUGUCUUCGAUACCCUAAUAAGUCAUUUCAUUUUCAUCAUGGAUUCUAGUUUCUAAAUAUACUUAAGUCUUCGAAUUGUCUAGUCGCGAUACGGUGUGUGGCUGUUUAUAUUUGUCUGGUUUAACAAUGAUAUAGUACUGUAGUUUUCAAAUAUAUUGGCUCAAGUGUAUCUAGAUUGUAGCCAAAGCACAUUUUGUAUUAUAUAAGUGACUUAUAAUUUUGCCAGAUAUGUGAACCUAUUAUCCAGUCACCGCUACUUAGUACUGUAGUUUAGACCAGUUUUAAAAGUUUUACUGUUUCGUUAGAAAGUCAUAUAGACAUGCUAUUAAAUUAAUAGAUCAGAUAGUUCUGAUAAUCUUGAAAGUGACCUGAUUGUUAUCCACUUUCAGUCAGAGAUUAUUCCCGUUUUUACACAA